GGUUCAAAAGAGAGAUGGUUGUGAACACUGGGUUAGGUUCAAUUAUGUGAUUUCAGUAAACACUUAUCAACGAUUUUAGUCAGUUUACUCUCAAGACAUCAUGGGAGAGUUAAAUUAAUUUUUUGAUGAAUUAUAAGUGGUAAAAUUAUUAAAGUGCCAGUAUUCUGUACAGUUCCAUUGAAUAAUAUAAUAGACUAUCAAAAAAAUUGGAAUUGUAUGUUGGAGCGUCGUUCUUUGAUGAGCCUUCUAAUCGGACUCACAUUUUGUGUCUCGAUUUGGCAACUUAUGUUGCAACAGCAACAAAAAGAACAGUUUUAUGGCAACACAUCGCAUCUUACUGUUGUUAUAACCUUGACCAACAACGAUUCUACAAUUCCAACAUUUCAAUCAGCAACCUUAUCGUCUCCUUUAAAUACAUCAUUAGAUCUAAGACAGCAGCUCGAGCUUUUACCAAAAAAUGAUUUCAAUCAACUUAUUGAUUUGGAAAAUUUUGAGUUUCUCACAAAACAAAAAAUGUGUAAAAAUCUUGUGCAAUCACCAACAGUUGCAAUUGUUGUUCAUUCAGCACCAUUAAACUUUCGAAAGCGAUUAAUAAUUCGAGAAACAUGGGGUUCGGAUGAUCCAAGAGCUGUGUUGGUGUUUAUGAUUGGUGUAGUGAAUUCAACAAUUGUGCAAGAUGAAAUCGACAACGAGCAGCGGAUGUAUGGCGAUAUUGUGCAAGGAAAUUUCAUAGAUGCUUACCGAAACAUAACAUACAAGCAUGUUAUGACUCUAAAGUGGUUUGUUUAUUUCUGCCAUGAAGCAAAUUUUCUGCUAAAGACUGAUGAUGAUGUGUUUGUUAAUACUCCGCUGAUGUAUCGAUAUUUAGAGACGCCAUCAGCUUAUCAUAAACAAUUUCAUAACGAGCAUCAAUUGCUUUUAUGUCAUAGAGUGAGUGGAGCCAAAGUCAAGAGAACUUAUCGUUCUAAAUGGCGAGUAUCGUAUGACGAGUACCUUAAUAGACAUUUUCCAAAUUAUUGUCCGGGCUAUGCAAUUCUCUAUUCAUCUGAUGUUGUUUUUGAUCUUUAUCGACAAGCUCAGAAACUUCCAUACUUUUGGAUCGAUGAUAUUCAUAUAACGGGUAAUGUGGCCUCAAAGCUCAAUAUUUCAAUCACACCGACAAACGGCUUAUUCUUAACAAAAACUCAGCAGGAAGGAUUGCUCAAUGGUCGGAUUCAGACUGAAAGUUAUCCAUUCUUUGUCGCACAACCAGAUCUAAGUGAGAAGGAAAUCAGAAAAUUGUGGAGUUUAGUGACAAAUGUGAUCGAAUAA